AUGACCUCAAAAGCAAAAUCAGUAGCCCUCGUCGUCACAUCCCACCGAGCCCUCCGCAUAGGCCCCUCGGUCGGCGCCGUGAUCCAAAAAAUCAUCCAACCUGCCGCCAGCACAGCCAACAUCACCCUCAAGACCCUCGACGUCAAGUCCUUCCACCUCCCCAUCUUCAGCGGGCCGGCGCCCCCCAAGUUCAUGGCCGCCAAGGGCGUCCAGUUUGAAGAAGAGGCAGCCAGGGCCUGGGCCGACGAGAUGGCCUCGCACGACGGCUACAUCUUUGUCAUCAACGAGUACAACUACGGCAUGUCGGGCGCCACCAAGAACGCCGUCGACUUCCUGUGGGCCGGGUUUACAGGCAAGCCAGUCAUGAUUGUCAGCUAUGGCGGUGCAGGAGGGCGUCUUGCGAACCAGCAGCUCAGCGCCGUCCUGGCGGGCAUGGAGCUCAAGGUGGUGGAGAAGAAGAUCGAGCUGACCUGGUCUGGGGGUCGCGGCCCGGAUGCGCUGCUUGCUGUCACGGAGGGGAAGCUGGGCGAGAAGUCUGUGGAGGAGUGGCUGAGCACGAGGGCGACUGAUGUGCUGGAGGCGUUCGCAGGGUUGGAAAGCAAGUUGAGAGAGGACGCCCCGCCGCAGGUGCAAGCCAGCUGA